CAAAAGUUCCGCAUUGAGUGUGUGGAACCAUCCGUCGCGCGGCACACGUUUUGAGCACUGCGACUGAACUGACACGAAAUGGCUUUUAUCAGACGCGACUUGAAGGUGAUCUCGAACAUUCAGAUUGUCAUCUGUGGGGUGCUUUUCAUUUUGGGUCUGGUGGAUGGAUUGAGCGUGCGUUUCGUGUAUUCCAGCUUGACUUUCACGCCUUGCUGGAUAGCGGCCCUUGUGUUGGCCGCUGGUAUCAUGGGCGUGACUUUAAGCAGCAUGCAGAGACCUUCCUUACUUCUGAUGAAUAUCUUGCAGUCCGUGAGCAUAGCCUGUGCUACAAUAUCAGCCAUAACCGUGUACCAUUACUUGGUCGCAGUGUCCAGCUUGAUGGUUUUGGGUUAUACUUCAACGCUGAGCAGGGGUUUCCAUAAUAAAGAUCCCUAUUUCUUUGACUCGGACCAGCUGGAUGACAUAAACUUUACUAAAAAGCAAACCUCCAUGGUGGUUAUUUCCUCUCUGAUCAUCAUAUGUUCCAUUCUCGAGAUUAUUCUUGCAAUGGCAGCCAUCAGGAGUAGUAAAAUAGGCGGUCAGAUCUCUCAGGAACAGCAAGUAGGUGUUUCGUAUGGCCAACUAGAAGCUGGUCAGUCGCCGGUGCAAUUGCAAGGGCAGCCGACUUUUGCAGCUCAACCAAUGGCGGCUUUUCCAGAAUCAGGCGCUCGCCCGGUGUACACCAUGAAUCAGUAAAUACUGUGAACGCUCUUCAUUGGCCAAGAGUGAGGGAAGGGGAAGAGGAGGGGGGGGGGACGGUAGGCUUAUUAGAUAAGGGAAGGGAGGGGAGAGACAUAGGUUAGUAAAAUUCCUCCCUAUUCUCUACAAUGAAUUCAAAACCCUCAACAAAAACGAUAAACUUCAUUACCGUUCUAGAGCUAAGAGAAGCACAAAAAAAUAUGUCUUUAACGUAGAUCUUGGCCUUGGCUUUGUUUUCUUUUUUAAUGGACCUGUAAUCGUCAC